AUGUCAUAUCGCCAACCCGUAUACACGUCCGCCGCCUGUGCGCCUCUCCCACAAUUCUCCCAAGCCGUCAAGUACAAUGGAAUGGUAUACUGCAGCGGUUCUAUCGGUAUCGACCCAAAAACCGACGAUCUUGUCCCUGGAACUGUGACAGAUCGUGCACGCAUGGCCCUUCAAAAUCUCAAGGCUGUGCUUGAAGCUGCUGGUAGUAGCUUAGAUCGCGUGGUCAAAGCAAAUAUCUUCUUGGCGGAAAUGAAGGAUUUUGGCGACGUGAAUGUCGCCUGGGAUGAGUUUUUCCCUGAAGACCCUAAGCCAUGCCGCACAUGCAUAGCAGUCCACCAACUGCCUUUGGGUACUGAUGUCGAGAUUGAGAUGAUAGCAAGCUAUGAGUAA